GGGAGGGGAGGAGAGGCGCAGCCCGAGGAGCCGCCGCAGCAGCUCCCCGCCUCCCGGGCCGAGGGGAUCGCCUCAACCUCCCAAGUGUACUGGUGUUGAACAGCUGUGGAAUAACCUGUGCUGGAGACGAAAAAGAAAUUGCUGCUUUCUGUGCUCAUGUGUCGGAACUAGAUCUUUCUGACAACAAACUCGAAGACUGGCAUGAGGUCAGUAAAAUUGUGUCAAAUGUUCCCCAGUUGGAGUUUCUAAACCUGAGUUCCAACCCUCUGAAUUUGUCGGUUUUAGAAAGAACAUAUGCUGGGUCCUUCUCUGGGGUUCGCAAACUUGUCCUCAACAACAGCAAAGCUUCUUGGGAGACAGUCCACAUGAUACUGCAGGAGUUACCAGAUUUGGAGGAGCUCUUCCUGUGCCUUAAUGACUAUGAAACAGUGUCUUGUCCUUCUAUUUGCUGUCCUUCUCUUAAGCUACUACAUAUAACAGAUAAUAACCUCCAAGACUGGACUGAAAUACGAAAGUUAGGAGUUAUGUUUCCUUCGCUGGAUACCCUUGUCCUGGCCAACAAUCAUUUGAAUGCUAUUGAGGAGCCUAAUGAUUCAUUGGCCAGGUUGUUUCCUAAUCUGCGAUCCAUCAGCCUCCACAAGUCAGGUUUGCAGUCCUGGGAAGACAUUGACAAACUAAAUUCAUUUCCCAAACUUGAAGAAGUGAGAUUAUUAGGAAUUCCUCUUCUGCAGCCAUAUACCACCGAGGAGCGAAGGAAAUUGGUAGUAGCCAGAUUGCCAUCAGUUUCCAAACUCAAUGGCAGUGUUGUUACUGACGGUGAGCGAGAAGAUUCUGAGAGAUUUUUUAUCCGUUACUAUGUAGACAUUCCGCAGGAAGAAGUGCCAUUCAGCUUUGCACUUGUAUUAAGAAUGGUUGGGUAUCAUGAAUUGAUCACAAAGUAUGGAAAGUUGGAGCCUUUGGCAGAAGUGGAUCUAAGACCCCAGAGCAGUGCCAAAGUAGAAGUCCACUUUAACGAUCAGGUGGAAGAAAUCAGCAUUCGUCUGGACCAAACAGUUGCAGAACUAAAGAAACAAUUAAAAACUCUAGUGCAGUUACCCACAAGCAACAUGCUUCUCUACCAUUUUGACCACGAGGCACCCUUUGGCCCAGAGGAAAUGAAGUAUAGUUCUCGGGCAUUGCAUUCCUUUGGCAUUAGGGAUGGAGAUAAAAUUUAUGUGGAAUCCAAAACAAAAUAACCUCUACCAGACUUGUAAAAAUACACACAUAAGAACUUCUUGCAGGGCAUUUGUUUCCAUGUGGUUUUCUUUAGGAGGGCGACGAUUGUUUUUGUUUUGUUUUGUUUUGUUUUAUUUUAUUUAGGUUUGGGGGUAGGUUGUAUAUUUUUCCUGCUAGAAUCUGUAGGGGGCUGUUUUGGGUUUGUUUGUUUUUUUACCAAGAUUCCUUCGGCUCAGCCAGCAGAAUUGGCCAUACCUCUAGUCCGUGUUCCCUCACUCAUGAAAAAUGACUAAGAAAUCGCCGUCUUCUUACUGUGUUCACUGGGAUUUACCUACUGCUUAGUUAUCAUUACCAGUUAGGUAUACUUGUGAAGAUAGCAUGAACAGUGCAUCCCCCUCAGAAGGGCAUCUUAUAGUAUUUAAAUCAGGAAACAAGGAUCUUUACAAGAAGGGCCAGCACUUUUCUCUCCUAGUUCCUCUUUUUUCCUCCCUUCUUCCUCCCUUUUUUUUGGUUGGUUUUCAUUUUGACUUGUGUCAGCACAUAUUGACUAAUAGUUUCAUUCAGUCCAUAAUUCUUAUUUCUCAACUUGGGUGAUUUUUUUCUUCAUUUCUCCCUUUUGAAAUAAUUUAAAAUGUUUUAACCAUUUUCAACCUGGUUCUGAUCUCAGGUAGGCACUCAGUUAGAACCUAUAAUAACUGUUAGGAUUUUGAAGAAGAGUAAAUGGAGAGUGAAAACUCUAGGAAAACUUGCUAUUGUUCUGGAAGCACAGGCAGAACAGUCUGAUGUCUCUUUAUGUAACUAUCUCACUUUUAAUGUUCCUCACAUAUUGUAUCAACCAUUACUUCCAUAACAUGGAAUAUGGCGGAUUCCAGAGUUCUUUUAUUUUUGCUUAUUGGUUAUAUUUCCUUACAUCUAUCAUUUUCAUUACUUUAAACUAUUGGGAAUAGAGGCCUGAGUUUAUGAAGAAUCCGAUAGAAUAAUGGAUAUGUGCCAGGAGAGUUGAGAAUUAACUAAUAAACCAUGUGUGAGGGAAUGAAGUGGGGAGAAUAUGGGAGAGCAUUGUGAUUUCUCUGCUUGUGUCAUCUUUGAAGACCUUGUUCUGGCAUUUUGCAUUAAAAGUGGGAAAUUUUCAUCAAAGGGAACUUUGAUUCCCAUUUCUUCCCUGGGAUUUUGUGAUGUCGUAAUUGAACAGUUCUUUUUGUUUCAUAUUUCGAUUUAGUUGCCCCUACAGAAGAACAACUCUAAUUUAUGAGUAAAGUAUGUGUCAAAACUUCAGAAUUGCCUCCAAGUCAUACUUUUUGCAGAAGCACUUUUCUUUAAAAGCUAGUUCCUUACCUGCUCUGAAAUCUUUGUUUGUUCUUCUAUUCCUCUGUUAAUUAAUACAAUCUCUUUCUUUAAUGUAUGUCUUUUGUGGCCCACAUGUUUACAGAUGGGAGACUUAAGAAAGACAGCCUAACUGGGGCAGGUGUGCACAUGAAGUAUUUUUCAAAGAAUGUAACCAUUAUUUGAUUGUGUUUGACCUUUUGCCCUUUUUAUAUGAUUCCACUGCUCCUACAAAUUCUUUAAUUUCUUAUGAAAUUUUUAGGUGACUUGUAAAUUCUUCAUGUAUCUGGUGUUGUGUUUAUUAUUACUACUUUUUAAAUUUUCCUAUGCCAUAAUAGCCGAUGUUUAUUCUCUUAAUGCACUUCAGGUUCAGUAUUUGUAAAGCCUUGACCCAGGCCUACUGAGUCAAAUCUAUAUUCACUGUAACAUUAAAGGUGGAAACCAAAGGGUUUGAGAAAGAUGAAUGAGGCCUAUUUUCCUUCUGCCACAGACUUUAUCUUUCAAAAUCGUAAAAAUGAGCAGUGGCAAUCCAGGCUGCAUAUAGACAAGAAUAAUUAUUUUUCAAUCACAUUUUCCUGACCUAUAUUUGGAAGUGGGAAAAAAGUGUGGCCACAGUGCCACGAAGAUUAAAGCUGUGGGUGCUUUGUAUGAGUGCAGCCAAAUUUGAGAGAGAAACAAUGUAAUUAAGCCCAUUGCUUUUGUCAGCCUGGGAAACAGAUGCAGUCUUUUUUUUUUUUUUUUUGAGGUAUGACCCCUGACUGUCGCACAGCAGAAAGCAGAA